UACUUUCCACCGGCAUCAUUUGCGCCUCACCGGGAGACGGUCGGUGCGGAGUCGCCAACAGCUGCGGCUCUUUUUAGCGCUUUUAAAACGAGCCUUUUUCAUUUUGGGGCGAAGCUUUACCGAGGUAUUCUAUGAAACGUUGCCUUGUUUAGCUGCCUUUAUCCCGUUAAAAAAACAGCGAUAUUUUAGCAUCUUGUGUUAGCUAGUCGGUUGAUUUUUGUCACGCGAGCUAACGUUUUCAGCUGAAGGGGGGCGUUUUUCUUCCCGUUGACAGACCGGUUACCGAACCUCCCCUCCGCCUUAAAGCCACCUAUUCUGGUUGAGUCAAGCCUACAAGCGGUUCAUCUUCUGAGGAGACCCGACUGACUGCGCCGAAAUGGGGUAUGGACGGUCGGACAGCUACCGCGUGGCCACCACGCAGGACAAGGAUGAGAAGGAGUCGCCCAAGAAGAAGGGAGGAAAGGACCUGGAUGACCUGAAGAAGGAAGUUCCUAUAACGGAACAUAAAAUGUCUGUUGAGGAGGUUUGCCGGAAAUACAAUACUGAUAUCGUCCAGGGUUUGACCAAUGCCAAGGCAGCAGAGUACCUGGCACGGGAUGGCCUCAAUGCCUUGACCCCUCCCCCAACCACCCCAGAGUGGGUUAAGUUCUGUCGUCAGCUGUUUGGUGGCUUCUCCAUCCUGCUGUGGAUCGGUGCCAUCCUCUGCUUCCUGGCCUACGCCAUCCAGGCUGCGACGGAGGACGAGCCCGCUGGGGAUAACUUGUAUCUGGGUAUCGUGCUGUCAGCUGUUGUCAUCAUCACCGGCUGCUUCUCCUAUUUCCAGGAAGCUAAGAGCUCCAAGAUCAUGGAGUCUUUUAAGAACAUGGUCCCUCAGCAAGCCUUGGUGAUCCGUGAGGGAGAAAAGAUGCAGAUCAAUGCUGAGCAGGUCGUGGCAGGAGACUUGGUGGAGGUGAAAGGAGGAGACAGGAUCCCUGCUGACCUCCGCAUCAUCUCCUCUCAUGGCUGCAAGGUGGAUAACUCAUCCCUGACUGGUGAAUCAGAGCCCCAGACCAGGUCACCUGACUGCACCCAUGACAACCCCCUGGAAACCCGCAACAUUGCCUUCUUCUCCACCAACUGUGUUGAGGGAACUGCACGUGGUAUCGUUGUGUGCACUGGUGACCGUACAGUGAUGGGCCGCAUUGCUACCCUCACCUCAGGCCUGGAGACUGGCAAGACACCCAUUGCCAAGGAGAUCGAGCACUUCAUCCACAUCAUCACGGGCGUGGCUGUCUUCCUCGGUGUGACCUUCUUUGUCCUCUCACUCAUCCUGGGUUACUCCUGGCUGGAGGCCGUCAUCUUCCUCAUUGGUAUUAUUGUGGCUAAUGUGCCCGAGGGACUGCUGGCCACAGUCACUGUGUGUUUGACACUGACUGCUAAGCGAAUGGCUCGUAAGAACUGCCUGGUAAAGAACUUGGAGGCUGUGGAAACUCUGGGCUCCACCUCCACCAUCUGCUCAGACAAGACAGGCACGCUGACCCAGAACAGGAUGACCGUGGCCCACAUGUGGUUCGACAAUCAGAUCCAUGAGGCUGACACAACUGAGGACCAAUCUGGCUCCUCCUUCGACAAGAGCUCCACAACAUGGGUGUCUUUGGCUCGUAUCGCUGCUCUGUGCAACCGUGCUGUGUUCAAGGCAGGACAGGAAUCUUUGCCCAUCCUUAAGCGUGAGGUAGCUGGUGACGCCUCCGAGUCAGCGCUGCUGAAGUGUAUUGAGUUGUCCUGCGGCGCCGUCAAAAGCAUGAGGGACAAGAAUAAGAAGGUGGCUGAGAUUCCGUUUAACUCCACCAACAAGUAUCAGCUCUCAAUUCAUGAAAGUGAGGAUGAAAAUGACAACCGCUACCUGCUGGUAAUGAAGGGAGCCCCAGAGAGGAUCCUGGACCGCUGCUCCACCAUCAUGGUGCAGGGCAAGGAGCAGCCAAUGGACGAUGAGAUGAAAGAGGCUUUCCAGAACGCCUACCUGGAACUGGGAGGACUGGGAGAGAGAGUGCUGGGUUUCUGCCACCUGUUUAUGCCAGAGGACAAAUACCCCAAAGGUUUUGCCUUCGAUACAGAUGAUGUCAACUUCCAGACCGACAACCUUUGCUUUGUGGGCCUCAUGUCCAUGAUUGACCCUCCCCGUGCUGCCGUGCCCGAUGCUGUGGGCAAAUGCCGCUCUGCUGGCAUCAAGGUUAUUAUGGUGACUGGUGACCACCCAAUCACUGCCAAAGCCAUUGCCAAGGGUGUGGGUAUCAUCUCUGAAGGCAACGAAACAGUUGAAGACAUUGCUGCACGUCUGAACAUCCCUGUCAGCCAGGUCAACCCCAGGGAUGCCAAGGCCUGUGUGAUUCACGGCACAGAUCUGAAAGACCUCUCUCAGGAGCAGAUGGACGAUAUUUUGAGGAACCACACAGAGAUUGUCUUUGCCAGAACCUCCCCACAGCAGAAGCUCAUCAUUGUAGAAGGCUGCCAGAGACAGGGAGCCAUCGUGGCUGUGACAGGUGAUGGUGUGAACGACUCUCCUGCUCUGAAGAAGGCUGACAUCGGUGUUGCCAUGGGAAUCUCUGGCUCAGACGUAUCCAAGCAAGCUGCAGACAUGAUCCUGCUUGACGACAACUUUGCCUCCAUUGUCACUGGAGUAGAGGAAGGUCGUCUGAUCUUUGACAAUCUGAAGAAAUCCAUUGCCUACACUCUGACCAGCAACAUCCCAGAGAUCACCCCCUUCCUGUUCUUCAUCUUGGUCAACAUCCCAUUGCCUCUGGGCACCAUCACCAUCCUCUGCAUCGAUCUGGGAACUGACAUGGUACCGGCUAUCUCUCUGGCUUAUGAAGCAGCUGAGAGUGACAUCAUGAAGCGUCAGCCCAGGAACCCACUGAGGGACAAACUGGUCAAUGAGAGGCUCAUCAGCAUCGCCUAUGGACAGAUUGGUAUGAUCCAAGCCCUUGGUGGCUUCUUUGCUUAUUUUGUCAUCAUGGCUGAAAAUGGUUUUCUGCCAUCUGUGCUCGUCGGCAUCCGGCUCAACUGGGACGAUCGCUCCAACAACGACCUGGAGGACAGCUAUGGUCAGCAAUGGACCUAUGAGCAGCGUAAGAUUGUGGAGUUCACGUGCCACACAGCCUUCUUUGUCAGUAUUGUGGUGGUGCAGUGGGCAGAUGUCAUCAUCUGCAAGACCAGACGCAACUCUGUGUUCCAGCAGGGCAUGAAAAAUAAGAUUUUGAUCUUUGGGCUGUUUGAGGAAACAGCCCUGGCUGCUUUCCUGUCCUACUGCCCUGGUAUGGACGUGGCACUACGGAUGUACCCACUCAAGCCCAGCUGGUGGUUCUGUGCAUUCCCAUACAGUUUCCUCAUCUUUGUUUACGAUGAGAUCCGAAAACUCAUCCUUCGCCGAAACCCUGGAGGCUGGGUGGAAAAAGAGACGUACUAUUAAAUUAUCAAAGCAUCAUUUACUUCUUACCCCAUCCUCCCUGAACUCAUCCCUUGCUCCUCUAUCUCCUUUCUCUUUCUCUCCUCCUUCCCUCCAUCCAUCUCCUCUCCUCUCCACAUACUCAUAAAAGUACAAGAAAACAAUGUUUACGCCUCCUUCUUCCUCUUCAUUCCCUCCAUCCUCAUUUCCUAAAGAAACAAACAAAAAAAAAAACAAACGCCAAGACGACGAGAAGGACCAACGACAGAAGAGGAGAAGAUGGGGGAGGUUCCUAAUUCUUCCCCGUCCUCUCCUUCCUCUGUCCCCUUUUUUCUAUCCAAAGUCUCUACAGCACUAGUCUGCCAGUAUCACUGUUUGUGCCGAUGCUUCUUACUACACUGUUAGCCGUAGCCACUCCUCAUACGUGUUCUCGAAUUCCACCGCUUUGUGGAACCUAAUAAAGCAUAGAAUGAUAAGAAUAAAGACGAGAACCGAUAUCACUCUUGCCAAGCAGAACGACACGGCAGCUCCCGACUCGACGACCAACUGGCAAUUUGAGCGGGUGGGUGGCGUCAUUUUUGUCGUUUCUGCUUUUGUUUGUUGUUUUUAUUUUCUCCUGCCAAAGGAGAAGCCACCCGAAUCCAGCUUCGUAAUCACUGCCAUUUCCUGCCCUUCGCCCACUUCUCUCCCUUCUCUCCUGUCUUUUCUCUCUAUUUCUAUUGACUCACUGCCAAUCUUCUACUGCCGUCCUCUCUCCCUCUUCCUCCUCUCCUACCAAUAAAGAAUCUCACCAUCAAACCGAACCACUCACUCACGCCCUCAACAGGGUGGAAAAAAGGUCACUUCCUCGGACUCCUUCCCUACUUUUCCGCCUCCCUCCUUCCCUCACCCCUGUGUUAUUUUCCUGCUUGUGUUAUUGUUUUCUAAUAGAGUGUUUUUUAAAAAACAAAAUUGUUCGUAAAAUAUUUUUUCUUUGUUUUUUAAGUUUGGAGUGGGUCUGAGAGCUGCUUGUUUUCAUUCGGACAUGACAAAGCACACCGUCUCCCCCCUCUCUCUCUCUUCUUUCUCUCUCUCACUCCUCCUCUACUGCCUCCCCCUUUUCUCCUCACCCUGCCUGUCUAUCUGUCCCCGUUUGUCUGUUUGUGAACACCGUGCAAAUCCUCCGUCCUUGUAAACUUUAACCCACCUUCACUACCCGCCUCCUCCUACUCUCUCGUCCCACCCGCCUCCCUUUGACCCCACCCAAUCUCACUCCUGUUAAAAAAACAAACAAACAAUCUUUCUGUGUCCUCGGAAAAAGAGAUUUCUCUCCAAUUUCAUUUUUUAAAUCUGUGGAAAUAUGGAAUAAGGCACUGUACCUUAACUUGCGAAACAGCAGCAAAAAAAAAAGAGAACAAAAAAAUGAAAUAAAAUAGAAGGAUCUCUCUUUUUUCAAAUUGGUCUCUCGAGUUUGUUUUUGUGUGGAGUUUUGUCAGAAAAUGGAAAUAAAUGCUGUGACCAACUCUUA